AUGGAUAGUGACACAGAAAACGUAGAGUAUGGUGUUCAAAUUCAAGAAACUUCCACAUAUCCUUUGAAUAAUAAUAUUUUAUAUCGGGAACACGUAAAUCAAAAAACCAAACGUAGUUUUAGUUAUGUUAUUAUAAAAGAGGGUAUUUAUCCUGACAAGAUUGUUACUAGGCCAAGUAAUAAACAAAAAGAACGAACCGAAACUUUGCAAGAUACUAGCAAUAUUAGAAGGAAAAGGCAAAGUAAACAGUACAAAAUUCCACAUGGUUAUGUUGUAGAAACAACUUGGGGACGGGCUGCUGGCAAACAAACAGUUUGCUGUGAAAUUGAUUAUAUUGACGAAAUACCUCAGUUUCGUAUUAGAUAUGGUCCAAACUUUCAGUAUAUUAUUUCUUCAACUAAAUCUCCGUCUAAUGUAGCAUUAAUUUAUGAAAGAACUUUAAAACCAAGAACCAAAACUACACUUUCGGGUCCUCUUGUAUUUGGGUUACAAUUAGAAAGUGUGCAGAAAGCACGUGAAUCGAAAAGAAGAGGAAAUUUAAUCAAACCAGCUGAUAAUUGUAUUUUGUCAACACUUGAAAAACGCGCUAAAAAAAUUGCAACAAAAAUGCAAUCCAGUUUUAGUAGUGAUAUUAAAGGAAUUUAUCACCAAUCUGAUGAAGUUAAAUUAAAAGCAAUUGAAUUUUCUGUUAAUAAAACAGACUUUCAAGUGAAUUUCAGAUAUGAAGAUCAAAUAAAAAAAAAUUCUCAAAUUCAAUCUAUAGUAAAAACAGUUGAUCAAGGGCAAAUAUCAAGAGAUUCUUAUCGAGAAUUAGCUGCUGUAGAAUACCAUUUACCAUGUGAAAAUUCUGUUUCUAAUGAAUGA